AUGAGGAGGUUGCGAGAUGAACAUCUUCAGUCUGGUUUUGAGAAGGUGGGGGUGUUUGUGGAUUAUGAGGAGGGUCUGGUCUCCUUUUAUGAUGCAGAUCAUGCAGCUCUUAUCUAUUCCUUUACUGGCUGCUCCUUCACCGGGAAACUCUACCCAUUCUUCUGUCCCGGGGUCAAUGAUGAUGAUAACUCUGCACCUCUGAUCAUCUGUCCUGUCAAUCAGUUUCCAGCUGACCACCAGGGUCUGCGUGCAGCUGGAGUCCACGAUAACCUGGCAUAUGCCCUCUUAGCACCUUACCAGCAUCAGCUGAAGAGGGUCCAGCAGUAUGCAGUGGAUGUGACUCUUGAUCCUGAUACAGCACAUCCUAAACUCAUCCUGUCUGAUGAUGGAAAACAAGUACACUGUGGUGAUAAGAAGAAAUGUCCAGACAACCCAGAUAGAUUUUCUGAAGAGAUUGUUGUUCCCGGAAAGCAGAGUUUCUCUUCAGGCAGAUUUUAUUUUGAAGUUCUGGUUAAAGGGAAGACCGAAUGGGCUUUAGGAGUGGUCACAGAGUCAGUCAACAGGAAGAAAAAAAUCACACCGAGUCCUGAGAAAGGUUACUGGACUGUAGGAGUAUAUGAAAACAUUUGUGUAGCUUUUGAGGAUCCUGAAGUCCGUCUCCCUCUUCAGUCUUAUCCUGACAAGGUCGGGGUGUUUGUGGAUUAUGAGGAGGGUCUGGUCUCCUUUUUUGAUGCAGAUCAUGCAGCUCUUAUCUAUUCCUUUACUGGCUGCUCCUUCACCGGGAAACUCUACCCAUUCUUCUGUCCUGGUGUUAAUGAUGAUGAUAACUCUGCACCUCUGAUCAUCUGUCCUGUCAAUCAGUCAGUCCGAUCUUUCUCCAUGAGGAAAUCAGAUCAAAAUCAGGUUAAUCUCAUCAUUUAAGCCAACAUAGAGAAGAAGUCCUAAAAACAGAGCUGCGCAAACUGCACCUGCUGUUGGAGACCAGGUUAUAUGGUUAGACUUUGCAGAACAAGCUAAUAACCUGACCUGUAUUUCAUUUUUUUGUUAAACUGCUUAUACUGUUUACCCAAAAAGUCCAAUCUGUCUUUCUCUCAAACUCUCCUUUUCUCUUCUUUCAGUGUUUAAAGACAAAUAUCCUGAUUGUUAAUUUUUGCUUCAAUCACCUGCACUACUUAGAAACGUGCACACAUAAAUUUAAAAGAAUGUUAGAUGGCCAGUUGCAGACACGAUAACUGGCACCUGAUAUCAGUCAUGACCACUUUUUAGCAACUCCUGUAAUACAAGCAGCUUCUCUCCACCAGUUUUAACCAGUCAAAUAGAUGCACGCUCUCAUAUAAAACUCUGUGAAGUGCUAAGAAAUGUUACUCUCUUUUGGGAAGUUGGCCGCAGCUGAUUGCUCACAGAGUGUAGCUUCCUGAACAUUGGGGGGUCCAUGUACAUGUUCAUAUCUGAUCACCCAACUUUUUAUGUGACAUUUAUAUGAACAAGAUUGCUUUUUAUGCAGCACUGUUUAGGCUAAAAUCAAGGUUGAUGUUUGAAUUGUUGUAGUAACAUGAAAUAAUUUCCCUUGAAGUCAAAGUAACCAAAAGGGGGCUGGUGACACAGGACACCUAUUAAAGGCUUGCUGUUGCCAGCCUGUGGAGCAGGAGCAGCCUCCUCAAGGCCAGAACCGACUGAUGGGUCGGCCAAGCUGAUGGGUGUUUCUCAGCCUGUGGCACAGCAACAUCAAGGCUCACUGACUGGUGGCAGCGGACCCACUGUUGCGUCCCUGCUGGGAGCCCCCCACAAACCACUUAAAGAAAAUCAGAUUCAGAAGCCCUUCCACUUUGUGUGACUGUAGCCAUCUGGCCACUGCAUCACUCAACCACCUGGCGCAUGUAAUGUGGUUAUCCUCCAACCCCAUCCAACCCCCUGGAAGCGUCAGCAUUAGUCCUUGAGCACAAGGUCCGGGUGGUCCAUUAUUGCCUGGUUGACAUCCUCAAGAUGGGCCAUCACCACUUUGGGCAGAUUGAGGUCGGUUGCCUAGGCUAGCCCCAACAGCAGAAGCAUCCAUCCGGUGAAGCAUCAUCACCACUGUAGCUGAGUGAAGCAGCUUAUCUGGUGCUCAGCCUGGUCCCAUAGCCAGUUGAACUGAUCUUGAUGCACCACCCCCAGCUCCCGGAGCAUGGCGGCUAGCUCCACCAGCAUCGUCCAGUACUUCUACUGGCUGCACUGGUCAUGGAUCUGUCAUCCUACAACUCAGUUUUAGGCACCAUUGUGACACAAAGUCCCCGACACAUACACAUUGUUACAGGGCUCAUGACAUUUAUUUACAGCAUUCUCUUGUUCAGGUUGCUUUGUGCAGCUUUCUAGCUGACUUAUUUCUGGCACAGCCCUCCCUUCGGUCCCAGCUGGCUACUGAACUAGCAAGUACAAGACGAACCAAACAGCCCUGGUUGCUCUGCCAGCCUCCUGGCACUGCGCUGAGUCCACUGCACCAUCAGUCUGUCCACACUCCCACCACAAAGCUGAUAGAACUAUGAAAAUGCUUGAAAAUUGAUGCUCAGCAGAGAAAGCUGCAUGGCGUGGCAUUCUGUAAUUCAUCCAAUUUUCAAUAAAAUUGAUCACUAUUCCUUUUAGAGUGAAAAUGUUUGGAAAGAUUUUGAUAUAUCGAGAUCUCAAUGAGCAGUCUGAAUCACGACAUAAAAAUACUGUCGUUUUAAACUGUAAUGAACAUGUAAUGGCAGCACACUAAGAUGUGUAAAAACUAAGAUAUACUGUUCAUCCGGUUCAUCUCAGGUUGUCCUUCAUCUGUUUUGUGACAUGACUGAUCUUUAAAUAAGACUUUCUACUAUUUCAAGGAAGAUAAAUAAAGGCGUGUCUUUUACUUUGGGCUCCUGGUUUCAGCUUUUUAAAAAUCUUGGUUGUGGCUCAGGUGAACAUUUCCAGAUUGAACUUGUUGACUGGCUGUUUGUAGCCUUUGAGCUAAAAAAGAUUUGACACUUCGACCUAAAACUGUUUCCUGUCAUCUGUAGACUGAGGGAUCUUACAGGGAUGGUGAUGCUGUUUUCAAGAGAUAUGAUUUUUCAAUAGGCACUGGUUUCUGGUCCGGAGGAGUUUAAUGUUCUGACACAUUGAAGGACCUGUCAGGUCACAAAUUUUGAAGCCAAUACGAUAACCUUAUCCCACCAACGCUGUGGAGGUCAAGCUUCCUCCAGACUCAUAAUGAUUCUCUGGAAAAGAGUAGAAUUCUUAGAACAGAGUUUAUUAAACAUUGUCAUAUGAACAGCAGAACAGUACAUUUAAAAGCAGAAAUAACACAUAAAAAGCAAGCAAACGAAAAGUGAAGCAACUCUGGGGUGCAGAGCCUUAAAACACAAAAAGAAAACACACACAAAAGACAGACAGGAAAGAAGCAGCAGAGAAAAGCUACUCAAUGCAUAUCAGACUCAUGUUAUAUAGGGAUAGUGAUUCCCCCCUCCCAUCAUUGGGUACCCUUUCAUACUUUGUUUUUCUUUUCAUCUUCCACUUAUGAUAUAAACAACCCUACACCAUAACUUCUUGCAAACCAGC